UUGGCUUUUACUAUGACAAACAGACAGGUAACAAGUUCUUUAUGGCUGACAAGUGUACCUGAAAAUGCGUUUUUAUUUUUUUUCUCAGAAUUGCUGUUUGCAAUAGCCACAUACAUUCCACUUUGUUGCUAUGUAGAAAGCAAUCAGAUCCGCAUGUUAUCUCAAGAAAUCCAUUAAGUGACUCUCAACUAAAUCCCCGGCAGUAAAAGCUCAGCGGGUCAGAUGUAAAAGGGAUCUUCUCUCUACGAAAAUGUAGCUUAUCGGUCAUCUUUACAGCAGCCUAGAUUCCCACACAUAUCCCAAAUCACCAAAGCAACAUCCGUUUGGUGAAAGCACAUGAUGAUUUCCAAAGAUAACAAGAGGCAUUUACACGGGAAUCGUCCAGAAGAAGGGGUGGGAGGGACUCGGUGGAGGCUGUAUAAAUAGAGGCUGCUGAGGACGGAUGUGUGUGAAUUUGAACAACAUGAGAUCGUCACUCCAACUCGGCGUUCUGCUCUGCUGCCUGUUGUGUGCCGCAAACCUUCAGGCCGAGGAAAGCCGGAAUUCCAUGCGGCUUUGUGGCCGGGCCCUUGUGCGAGCGUUGGUGUUCACCUGCGGAGGGUCCAGGUGGAGAAGACAACUGGAGGAGGAGAAAGGGUUUCUGCCAGACGACUUCUGGGAAGUCAACGGAGAAGAGCCGGACUCCGUGAAGUCAGGAGAACUUCCAGGGAUGGACUAUCAUCGCAGGGACCAGGACCAGGCCUUGAUAACAACGUGCUGUCAACAAGGCUGCCGAAGAAAUGAGCUGUCCAUGCUGUGCUAGAGGGGAAGCUCAUCGAUCAGAUACCGUCCUUCUAUGUUUAAAUAUUUCAGUUGCAAAUGUAUCCAUAAUGUUGUGAUUUAUCAUGUAGGCACAAAUAAAAGGCAUCACGAAUGUUUGUCGAAAGUACUUGUUUAAUGAUUAAGUUGUUCACGAAGAGGAAAAGCCUGUAUGGACAAGAAAUAAAAGUAGUGUGAGAACGGAGCCCCAAAAUGUAUUUGUUUGCCCAGAUUUGUGAUUGCCAUGGAUUGUUCUGUGGUCGUUUAGAACAGCAAUAAAGAAUUCUACUAAUUGUUCAAGUCUAUCAAUUAGUGUGUUGAGAACAACUUUGUCAAGCACAGUACUGAAAUCAAGUUAUUCCAAGUCAAAAGUUUUAGACUCAUCGACCUAAAGCAGUCUUGGCGUUGUGAUGUAGUCCAUAGCCUGAAUGAAAAGCACUAAAGAGGUUAUCCUUAUCAGGAGGAGGUACAUUUGAUCGUAAACUGUCAUAGACUGUUUGAAAUGGUGUAUUGUUUACUGGGUUUGUAUUUACUGAUUAUUGGCUUUGAUUUGAGUGAGAGCUUUUACUGCUCCAAAUGCUGUGAGGAAAAACACUCAUAAAGCCUGUUUGGUUUGGACUUUAUGGCCACCAUUUCCGAUUUAAGACGCCGGGUAGAAGGUUGUACAUCCUGUGUAUGCCAUUAUAUCAUAAAUGAGUUGUUAAGUCAGUUUACCUAAUUUUCGUGCUGUAAAAUGAUGGAAAUGACAACCCUUAGCUAGCUGAUCAAUAAGUAUACAUAACAGUUAAUUUUUUUUUUUUACAUCUUCACACAUCAUCUUAAAACUCCUGUAGUAACACGAAGACGUCCUUCAUCAGUUUUCUCUUCUUUAUUACCAAGUAAAACAGAUGUUACAUUAUAUAGACUUUUUCAUAUAUUUACCUUUAAAAGCUUUGGGUGUGAAAUUUACAUGAGAUGUUUGCAUAUUCUGACUCUCACAUUAAAAACAUGACAGCCAAAAGGCAGAGAAAAGUUGAGGAAGAGGAUCACAUGAUAACCAUUGUUUUUAUUCAUCAAUAAGGCAAAAGAAAAAUGAUAUAAAUAUAGUUAUGCAAGUCCCUGUAACAGUAUCCACACCCUCUGAAACCCUUUCACAGUUUGUCACAGUAACGCUACAAAACUCAGUGUAUUUUAUAGGGAUUACUUUGUGAACGGCUAGCACGAAGUAGUGCUUAUCUGUGAAGAGGAAGAAAAAAUGUACAACACACAUCUGUAAAGCGGAAUGGAUUUGCAUUCAGUCUCCUUUACACCUCGAACAAAAACCUAAGUGGUAUCAGAAGACUCUUUUUAUUACACAGUUGAGCUAUGUGUAAGUUAAUGUCAGUAUAAGUCAGAGAACAAACAUUAAGACAAUAAAACACAGGAGACUGUUCAGGGAGAAGGAUUUGGAGAAGUUUAAAGGAUGGGCAGGUCAUAUAGAUGCAAAUUCGGCACUUAAACUCUGCACUUCCGCCACUUUUUUUUAUCUGUAUAUCUCUAUAUACUUAUAUAUAUAUAUAUAUACAUAUACAUUCUCAGUUGUAAAACUUUUUACGCUAUAUGUCUAGUUAUUGUACAUCUAUUUAUUAAUUGCUUAGGAUAAUUUUAGUUAGACUGUGCCUUUUAUUGUUACUCAAUGUUAGUAACGCCCUGUUUUGUAUCACUGUGGGAUAGUGAGAAACGUCAUUUCGAUCAACUCAUUAAUCAAUAACUUCACUCAAAGUUGAUCAAAUUUAUGGGUUUUUUCACGAUAAGCGGCCAUUUUCUUAAAAAUCUGCGUUUUCUUUUGUACCAGAGGUUCCUCGUCUUUCCAUUUUAAUAAGGGCUAAAUGUAUCAUAUUACACUGCUCCGUCAUUUGGUAUGAAUGUUUAUAUUUCAAAACAUAGCGUAAAGUGCUUUUUUUUCACGCCACACCAGACUCCGUUUACAGCUUUUUUUUUUUUUUUUUUUUUUUU